GCCUGGAUUUGCAAAGAAAAGGACGUGCCUUUUUAUUUUCCACUCUGGACUGGGCACUACGGAUGGAGAUUCUGAAGAACUGAUUCUGGACUAUAUGUUCCAUGAAUCCUUGAGUCUUUUGGAAAGAAUUAAAGUACCUGAAACCCAGCCUGCCACCUCCCCACAUCCUCACACUCAGCUGCAGACUUUACAGCGGAAGGGCUCCUGACCUGCGCUCAGGAACCACAAAAGCACAACCAGGACCCGGUUCAGCAGGAAGCAGAAAAACGCACUGGCCAGCAUGCUCCAAGCAGUGACUGGGGUCCACAGGGGCCUGUUUCACUCCCGUGCUGGACUCUCUGUGCGGAUGAGCAGCACUGGGAUAAACCCAAAGGGUCUCCUGGCCAAUCGGGUAGCUGUGGUCACAGGGUCCACUGAAGGGAUCGGCUUUGCCAUUGCAAGGCGCCUGGCCCAGGAUGGGGCCCACGUGGUCGUCAGCAGCCGGAAGCAGCAGAACGUGGACCGGGCAGUGGCCACGCUGCAGGGGGAGGGGCUGAGUGUGACAGGCACUGUGUGCCAUGUGGGGAAGGCCGAGGACCGGGAACGGCUGGUGGCCAAGGUCCUGGAGCACCAUGGGGGCCUUGACUUUCUGGUGUGCAAUGCAGCCGUCAACAUCCUGGUGGGAGGCACCCUGAAGGCCAGUGAGGAGGUGUGGGACAAGAUCCUGAACGUGAAUGUGAAGUCACCAGUCCUGCUCCUGAGCCGGCUGGUGCCCCACAUGGAGAACAGGGGGAUGGGGGCGGUCAUCCUCGUCUCCUCCAUUGCAGCCUAUGUACCACAUGUGGAACUGGGUGUCUACAAUAUCAGUAAGACGGCCACGCUGGGCCUCACCAGGACGCUGUCAUUGGAGCUGGCCCCCAAGGGCAUCCGGGUGAACUGCCUGGUUCCAGGAGUAAUUGAGACCAGAUUCAGCCAAGUGUUACACAAGGAUGAGUUCUUCUGGAACAAUUUCAAGAAAGAGCACAAGCUGCAGAGGUUAGGGCAGCCUGAAGACUGUGCUGGGAUUGUGUCCUUCCUCUGCUCUCCAGACGCCAGCUACAUCACCGGUGAAAGCUUUGUGGUGGCCGGUUUCUCCCCUCGGCUCUGAUGGAGCUGAGGGGUCCCUGAGCUGUGGGUCUGGGUUUAGGAGACUGGGGACAGGUGGGCUGGGAAAUCAUGAAGGUCAAGAGAUAAAGACUGAAGCUUAAGUAAGGCAGGACCCUCCAGUGUUCUCAUCUGUUGAUUCUGCUGUUGAUAUAGCUGCUGUGAUCCAACCAACCUGUGGGUUCUUGAUAUGGGGCUGUGGAGCCGAAGGAGUUUAUGGAUCUGGCACACUGGAGGAAACAUAAGGGACAGGAGCAGCAACUUGGGCCCUCGAAAGUUCCAGUCCUUCUCUCUGCCACUUGUACUUUAAACAUUUCUUUCCUAAAACAAACUCCAAUUUCUCUUCAAGCCUGGAAACUCCUGGUAAGGGGAAUGAGGCCGAGGACAGGCCUCUCCUGUCUCCUGCCUUUUGCUGCCCUGAGCCUGUCCUCAGACCCAGCCAGUGAGUGUUCACAGAAGGCUCUGCUCCUUUCUCUGAGUGGGCUGGUGGAGGCUAAGCAAGGUGGGAGAGGGUGAGAGGAUUCCAGGAUCCCCCCUGGGGUUCUGUGGGUUAGUGGUCUUUCGUGUUUUCUGGGCCACAUAGGCCUUUGAGUCCUUGAAGAAAAAAGCUUCACCAAAUCUUGCAUACCAUUUCAGGUUGAAAACUGCUAAUUGAUACAAAAGAGAGAAGUCAGUGUGAAGUUCUCCUUAGGGGUGUCUCCUCUUGGUAAAGGCACCUUCUGCUGUCCUGAGGCAUGUUUGAGGGCUCCAUCCUUCUGUGUGUGCACGUCCAAGGCUCAGCAGACUCGGAGGAACAGUGGCCCUAAGAAUGCCUCUCUUCCUCUUGUGCCAUCCCAAAGUCUCCCCUGAAUUGGUCCCAAGGCUUCCAACUGACCUCUGGCUUUCACCUCACUAAAGCCGCUCACCAGUGCGCCCUCUCUGAACAUCCUGGGCAUGGGUGUUUGU